AGGUUGUCAUAUGUCAGAUUGUCACAAUCAGGGGUCAGGCUCAAAGGCCAGUUGCUAUAGCAGUGGAAAGGCUCACCUGAAACCAGCAGGAUAGGUACACAGGCAGGUCACUGUGGCGGAGGAGUGGGAUCACCCAAGGUGAGGAGUCUAAGUACCAACCGGUCGUGUUAUUACCAGGUCGCAGUCCUCAGGAUUACCCCACCAGGAGGUGAGCAAGCAGAGGUCCAGUAGUGUAUAAGCAGGUAAAGAUCAAACGGAAGCGUGGUCAGUAAACAAGCCAAGGUUGGUAAUGAGUAGUCGCAGGUUGGGAUCAGGCAGAUGCGUAGUCGAGAACAAGCCAAGGUCAGUAAUGAGCAGUCGCAGGUUGGGAUCAGGCAGAAGCAUAGUCGAGAACAAGCCAAGGUCAGUAAGGAGCAGUCGCAGGUUGGGAUCAGGCAGAAGCGUAGUCGAGAACAAGCCAAGGUCGGUAACGAGCAGUCGCAGGUUGGGAUCAGGCAGA